AACAACAGACACUAAUAAAUAUAAUUCUUCAUUUUAUAUUGCAAAAUAUUAAAUAACCCGGUUUAUUUACAAAAUUCAAAAUCCUCGUAUUUUAAUCUUACAAUGCGUGAAAUUAUUUCAAUGACCAAGGUAAGAAAAUUAACUCAAAAUGUCGAAAGAUAUUAAUUUAGAUUCUAACAACCUCUGUAUAACGGAGGAAGUAUUUGAAAACUUCCAAGCACAAUCUUUGUGUGAAGAUGAAGAAUAUAUUACGUUGUCGGAUAUUUUAUCACCAGUUCCACGUAGUUCUGAUUCAAUAGCUGAUCAGAAGGAAACAUCUGACAUAGAUGAGUUGUUGUCGAUUAAAUCUACAGAAAUAAACAAUGAAUGUAAUGAACAUAAAGCUGCAGGUGGAGAUAUUCUACAGUUGGAUAUAAGUGAGAAGUCUACUGAGGACUGUCAGGAACAUAAGGUUGCCUCUGGAAGUAAAUCAGAACAUUUAUCUAUUUCUAAUGUUAAUAACUGUGUUCCUGGACAGUCUCAGUCAACAUCUAAUCAAAAUACUUCAAAAAAUGAUAUUCAACCCAAACAGUCCAAAAAAAGGGGUAGAAAAAAGAAAAGUACACUAAAUUCAAAUACAGUUAAUAGCAAAAAUAUUUUUACUGAUGAAAGUAUGGUUAGUCAGAUCAAUAGUAUAGAUUUAAAUAAACAAAAACCCUCACAAGCGAAAAGAGGCCCUAAAAAAAAAGAUAAGCCUAUUGACUUGGUACAACACAAUAAUAAGAACCAGUUAAUGGAAUCUGUCGAUUCUGUAUGCUUUCAUCAACCUAAAGUGUAUACUAGAAGAAGUACAUCAGCUAAUUCUAUAUCAAAAACUCCUGUUUUAAAUGAAAAUAUUAAACCGAGAAAAAGAGGAAGGCCAAAGAGCACAUCACAACAAACAGCUAUUAAUUCUGACCAAAAAAUUAUUAGUGAGAACAGUGUUUUAUCUGAAGCUUACAAUACAGACACUGAUCAUUCUAGUAUUCAAAACAACAAAAAUAUUAAAAGAAGAGGCCGCCCAAGAAAAGUAAUUUCGAAUCAGACAAACAAUAGUGUUGUAAUUCAAAGUACUUCUGAAUUGAAAUUGUCACAAAAUGAAUACAAGGAUUCUAAUGGGAAGAAUAUAUCAACUACCACAAUUACUAAUAUCUUAUUACCAACUGAAUGUGACAAUACACAGAUUUUGUCUAAGAAUAACAUUCUUGAAGAUGGUGAUAGUAAUCUUACUAAAAGUGAACAAUGCAUUGAUAAAGAUAAAAUUGCAGAAAAAGAAGAUUCUGAUGAUGGAGAUAAUGUGUCCCUAAUUCAGUUAAAAAAGACUCUGGAAUCAAAUGAUAAUUCAAAUGUAACAUUGGAAAACAAUGUAAUUCCCGAUUCCUCUACUGAAACUGAUGACACUGUACCAUUAAUAAAAAAUAAAGUAAGUGAAAUUGAUGGUACACCCACCAAGAGAAAUUCAAAGAUGCCUAUUAUGUUGGACUUUGAAUAUAAUAUAGACAGCAUAGUUAGUCAAGUUAAAUCUUAUGAUUUAAAUGAAGAAAAUAAAGACAAUGAUACUGAAAGUUCUUUAUUAGUUGAAGACACUUCAAAAAGACCAGUCCGCCGAAAAAUUAAACAAAAUUUACAUUAUGAUGAAGACUCUGAUGAAGAUCCAUUUGCUAAUGUUGAAUUAUCUGAUGAUGAACCUAGACGAAAUAAAAAAGGUAGUAGAUAUUACUCAGAUGAUGAAUAUAUUCCAGGUGCCAAACGUGGCAAAUCAACCAGGACUGAAAGUUCUGAUAGUGAAGAUGUUGCUGAAGAGGGAUUAAAAAAACAGAAAAGGAAAAGAUUUAGAAAAUCAGAUGUAUCACAAUCCAAGAGUCCCCGAAAAAGAGUGAAGAAAUGUGACACAGAGAAAUUGAGUCAGGAAGAAGUAUUGACACCAGAAGUUACUACUAUACCACCUAAUUCAAGUUGUUCACAGGAUAAUGACAUAGAAAUUUGUUUGGAAUCGUCUGUUAUUAAAGCCAAAGAAGAAAUUUCCGAUAAGUCCAAUUAUGAACAUGAUUUUGAAAAUUUUAUAGUGAAAAAAAUACAGGGUACAAAUUUGAAAAUAAAGAAAUUAUCACCCACAGCAUCAACUCAAAGUUCAAUAACACCACUCGAAAUACCUGUUUUAGAUGCAAACGAUAUUAGAAAAACUGUGGAAAUGUGCACUCAGACUUCCACAGUACAAAAAAAGGCAGCUGCUGUUCAGACAAUGACACCUUAUGAUGUUCCUAUGAAAAAUAAUGUUACACUAACAAAAGAAAAGGCUCAAAAAGCUUGUGAGUUUUUGAACGGUAUUGUUAAAACUACAUCUGAAUUAGGAGUAUUGAUGACACAAAAGUCUGAAGACUUUAUGAAGAAAAAAAUUAAUACUGAAUAUGUCACAGAUACAUUUAAAAUGGAUUAUUGUGUAAAAAAAUCAUUUUUGCUUUUUAAACUUGCAAAACACAAUUUAAUCCAAAUGGAAGAAGACUUAGCUAAACAAUAUGAGGAGUUCUUAAAAAUUAAUGAUUUGCUAAUUCAUAGAGAUGAAGUAAAAACUGUAAUACCAAAAGUAAAGAUAGAUAAUAGUGACAGUGAUUGUGAAAUUGUAGAAGAACCUAUUAUUACAAAACAACAAAAGCCUCAGGUUAAAGCAAAAUUUAAUCCUAAAACAGUUUUUCUUAACAAAGAACUUUCAAUAAAAAUUGCAAAGAAACCAACUGAUGAAAAGAAACUUAAUAUUAAAGGCAAAAAUACAGUAUGGAUUAAUGAUUCAGUAAUGGUAAAAAAAGUGAAACCAACUCAGUCUUUUUUAGCCCAGGACAGCCGAAAUAAAAAGCCUCCUGAUAAUUACAUAUCAUUUAAAAUGGUAAGUGAUUUUUUUAGGAUGUACAAUCGCAAAAAAGUUGUUGCUACCUGUGCUCCUUUUGUGUCUAGAGAAUGGCUUCAUGUAGAUAGGAGUUAUGUAUGCAAUUAUUUUGUGGUUCAACCAGAAGAGUAUCCCACUACUACCAGUUUUAGUAAUAACGAUGCCCACUAUAUGAAUAAUUCGGAUAAUGAUGCUACUAUAUCUGAUGUAAAUAAAAACUUCUCAGAAAGAAAAUGCCUAAAAAAUAUUACACUAAAGUCAUCUCCAAAAACUCUGUUUUUAUUAUGCACUGAAUAUUUACAAAAUAUCUUUCUGUCGGUACAUAUUAAGACGAGUGAUAAUGACUUUGAUACAGAAGAUUUUGUACAAUAUAAACAGCCCCAUACAUUAUUUCGUCUUUGUUUAGAUAAAUUGUCUAUAGAACUGGACAAAAAUUAUAUGACUAAUAAUCAACCAAGAAGAACUGACAUUGGUCUUGACUUAGAUGAAAUUGAUAGCAGUAAGCAGAUUUACCAACAAACAAGUGAUCAAGCUGAAGUUAAUAUAAAAAUAGACAAUCUUCCUGUGAAACUUACUGAAUAUACUGAAAUUAAAUCACUACUGCAUUCCAAACCAGUAACCUCAGAUUUGACAAUCCAAGAUGUUUUUUGCACUGAUCAAAAAGAGUUUAGUGAGCUUGAUAAACAUAUUAAAAUCCAAACUUUGUUUUCUUUAUGUGUGGAGCUGAUACAAAAUAAAUUAAAACUACCAGACAGUAAUAGAACAAUUAUAUUUCAACCUAAUUUACUUAAGUAUAUUGUAUAUAAAAAAAUUAAAGAAUUAUUAUAUGACAAAAAAGAAAAAACAUAUGGAAAUAUGAAUGAUUACAGAAUAAAAGACAAGGAAAUAUGUUUUACUGAUAAUAAAGUUAAUACAUUGAGCAAUAUUUGUUUAGAAUUUAUUAACACAUAUUUUAUUAAUAACAACAAAAUUGCUUCUCCUAUUCAAUCCAUGACUAUAAACUCUGUAAAUACGAUGUCAGAGGAAGCAUUUUUAAACAUUGAAAACCCAUCCCACAUUUAUGAAAAUUUUGAAUAUUUUGAUGACGAGGAUAGUACUUACUAUGCCGAUGAAUGUGAUCAAAAUGAAUAUGAAGAAGCUUCUGUUGUAGAAGACAGCAACUGGGUAAAUCAAAUAAAAAUGAAGGAAUUGCGAUCUUAUGUUGAUCCGCUUCAAUCUAAUGUUAUCGACAAAAACAGACAAGAUGAAACUUUUACUCUCCCAUUUAUGGUUCACAUCAAAAGUGAACCAGAAGAUGAAUUUCCUAAUACUUUAGUGGAUACUACCAUUAUAAAAAGUGAACCAAUUCAAAAUUUUAAUGGAAUUAAUAUCAUACCAGAAAGCAUAAUUACAAAAAAAGAAUUAGAUUGUCCAGAUAAUAUUGUAGAGUCCAUACAGAGACGAGACAGCAAUAGUUAUGAUGUUGACGAGUUUGAAUCUUUUGUAACUUCACAUAAAGUGAUAAAGUUUUCAGAUACUACUUCUAAAAGAGACAUAUUUAGUCAAAGUAAUUUGAGAAUACGAAGACAAUUUGAACCUGAUUCAGAUCUUUUGGAAAAUGACAUGGGCUUAUUAAUACCACAUACAUUUGAACCAAUGAAAAUAGAUAAGGUGAAGGACAGACUUAUGGAAAGUAGUUCUGAUGAAAAUAACAGUAAAAAGACGCUAACUAAAAAGAAAAUUGAGAAACGUAAGAAGAGGUCCAAAAAAAUGGAAACAAAGGCAAAUAGCAAAGAUGCAAUUGAGGCUACAAAAAAUAAAGCAACACCACCAAUCAAUGAAGUUGCUGUUUUAACAAGAAGAAUGAGAGAACGAAUAAGACAAGAACAAAAGAAAAUAGAAUCAUCAGAUUCUGAAAGUGAAAAUAUAUCUCUGUCAUCCAAACGAAAUAAAAAGAAUGUAGAAAGUACUAUUGACACUAAACAAAACUCUUCUAAACACAACAAAGUUGUUUCAGAAGAAAAAGUGGAAUGUAAACAAACUUCAACAAAUAAAAACAAAUAUGAAGCAGAUCAGAUUCAAUGUAACAGUGUAGAUUCUACUGCUAAAAUUGGUGAUGACUUAGAUAAAAGUAAUGGCCCUGAUAUUAAUAAAGAAGAACAAUUCACUGGUUUUUCGGCAAUGGAUCAAAACGGAAUGUUUAAUUAUCAAAAAUAUGUAAACUAUGUUUAUGACAAAAUUAUUGCUAGGGAGAGUUCUGAAAAACAAAAUGAAACUGAGAAUCAAUCAAAAACUAAUGAAAGCAGUGACGUCAUCACAACUAAUGAUAGUGACCGACAAUCUCCUGUAAUAAAUUAUGAAGAUCCACCAGAAUAUCUUGUGUGUCAACCAACAAUGCCUAUAUUUGAUAAUGAUACGAUUAAUUUAAACAAACGUAGUGUAGUGAAAGCCUCUCCAAAAAGAUAUAAAACUAAAGCACCUCAAAUUGAAGAAAGUAAAUUAUAUGUUGAACGUUAUGGUUGGAAAUGCUAUCCGGUCGAUAUUAAUGAUACGAAAAUAUACCAACAUUCCCAAAUUAUACUGGAAAAAUUACCAGAAUCAUUUGUACAAACUUAUUUUAAGUAUCAAGUCAUAGCUAAUAAAAAUAAGGAUGAUGAAGAAGUUGAAAAGUUGACUAACUUGCAGUCUUUAAAUAGAAUAUCAAAUGCAAAGGAUGGUAAGAGUAAGGGAACAAAAUCUAAAGUUUUAUCACAGCAGACCAUAGAUGAGAAAAGAGUAUUAACUCAAAAUUCUACUUCCAACUCUAGACCAAAUUCUCCACUCUCUGAUCACUGUCGUGAGCUCACACCUUCUGAAGAUGAAGGGGAACAAGUCGAAACAAAAUUAUCACCAUUGCCUUCGAAGCAAAUUGAAAAUAAUUUAGCGAAAAAUUCUCUUAUGAAUGAUAAAGAUAGUGAAUCUGACACAGAAAAAAAAGUACGCAUAAAAAUCGAACCGGAUUAUGAUAAACAGUUGAAGGAAAGAAAAGUGAGCACCAGGUCUAAAAGCAAGCAAGAAACAGUUGAAAACCCUGAGUCUCUGAUGUUGACUGCUGAUAAGAUGAUGAAUAAGGAAUUAACAAUUUUACACGCGCCGGUUGUACUUGCUGAGAAAGACGCACCAGACACUUCUGUAAGAAGGCCAGUGACUAGAAACAAAUGGAAAAAUACAUCAAAGAGUCAAAUGAAUCGAGAUAAUAUAAAACAAGAGGAAGAUUCCUCAUCGGAAGAAGAAAAACAAUGGGUCACAACAAAAGAAAAACUUCUUAAACGAUUGGAAAAAAAACAGGAGACCGCCAUCGCUGACGACGCGAAACGGGCUAAGAUUGUGAACGAGUUCAUUGAGAGACGCGGUGAUGGCCCCGAGCUUCGUGUAAAGCCGCAGAGACGCCCGCGCAGAUCUGUUAAAAAGCGGCUCGAGAGGCAAAAACAACUUCGCAUACUAUCAAAGGAACUUUUCGGUGAGUCUUCGGAUCCUGUGCAGCCAGGCAAAAGGUACCACCAACCGUACACAAAAGGACGCCGUAAUAUAAGAAAGGUCAUAGACAAGAAAUCUUUGGCGCGCAGCACUGUGUUAGCAAAUAUGGAAGAACUAGAAAGAAAACGUAGAUUGAAUAUGAAACAAAAUAGAUUGAGAGAACUGCUCGGGUUAGAAGAGGGUGUAAAUGUUCUAGUCAUAAACGAUGAGGUCUGCUUGGAGUACGAUUUCGAACAAAAUCAGCCCGUCGUCACAAUACAUCCAUUCUUCACCAAGGUCAUGAAAGCUCAUCAGUACGAAGGUGUGAAGUUCAUGUGGGACGCAUGCUUUGAAAGCCUGGCGCACAUAGCAAGCGGCCACCGCGGCGGCGGCUGCAUCCUCGCACACUGCAUGGGGCUCGGCAAGACGCUGCAAGUGCUCGCGCUGCUACAUACCGUACUGACACAUCCGGGCGUUGGUAUGCAACGUGUACUAGUGUGUUGCCCGCUAUCCACUGUUCUCAACUGGGUGGACGAGAUACACAAGUGGAUUGGGCCAGUCACCGAUCAGAUUAAGCAAAGGAAAUUGCGAAGAAAACUUCAGGUAUUCGAACUAUCGAAGCUAAAGAAAACGUACGAGCGUGCUUACCAACUCGAAGACUGGUAUAAUGGAGGUGGUAUCUUCAUAAUCGGCUAUGAGUUGUUCCGUAACCUGAGCACACUGGACCCAGUCCUCGACGAUGUCCGCCCGACUAUUGUCAACAAAAUUAGAACGGCUCUACUGGAUCCAGGUCCAGAUAUAAUUGUGUGCGACGAAGGCCAUUUACUAAAGAACGAUUGUUCGGUCCUCGCGGUAGCAAUGAGCAGGGUUGUCACAAAACGUAGAAUUAUAUUAACCGGUACGCCGAUGCAAAAUAAUCUCCGAGAGUAUUAUUGCAUGGUGGAUUUUGUGAAGCCGAAUUUACUUGGGACGUAUGCGGAGUAUUCUAACAGAUUCGAAAAUCCAAUAAUGAACGGACAGCACCGAGACUCCAGAGAAGAGGACAUUAAACUAAUGAAGGCGCGGACACACAUCCUGCACAAAGUGCUAGAAGGAUGUUUACAGCGGCAGGAAGCUUCCGUUCUAUACCCAUAUUUACCAAAGAAAUAUGAAUACACUGUGUUUAUUUCGCUCACUAAGUGUCAAUGGGAUAUGUAUAAGCACUACUUGGUCAAUUAUACCAAGCAAAGCAAACAGAAUAUACUAAAAGAUUUUCAUGUACUACAGAAAAUCUGGUCACAUCCACAGGUGAUGCAUAACUUCCAGAUUCGAACAAGGGAUGUGCUCACCAAAAAAGUUAAAGUUGAGAAACUAGAAGAUGAUUUGGCUACGGAAGAUCUGGGCGCCUCCGAGGACAUAAAACCGACCGACACUGAGGUGUGGUGGCUACAGUACUUAGAGAACGGUGCAAUGCUCGACUCUCUCGAUAGCUCAAACAAAUUUGUCGUAGUAUUCCGUAUACUCGACGAAUGCCUCAAACUUGGGGACAAAGUAUUAAUAUUCUCAACGUCGCUAUACACGAUGGACGCGCUGGAGUUCUUCCUGCGCAAGAUCAACAAGUGGAGCUUGGGACAGGAGUACUACCGGCUCGACGGCUCCGUGCCGGCUGAAGUGCGCCAGAAAUGGUGCCGCGAAUUCAACGCAGAGCAGAAUACUAAGACCAAACUCUUCCUGAUCUCGACCCGUGCAGGAUCACUAGGGCUGAACAUGACAGCGGCCAACCGGGUCAUCAUUCUCGACACCUCGUGGAAUCCUGCGCAUGACAUACAAAGCAUCUUCCGCGUCUACCGCUUCGGGCAGAAGAAGGACUGUUACAUAUAUCGCCUUGUUGCACUUGGUACUAUGGAACAGAAGAUAUACGAACGAUCGGUGACAAAGCAAGCGGUGUCGUGUCGAGUCGUCGACGAGCAGCAAAUAGACCGCCAUUAUAACAUGGAGGAGCUCACCGAACUGUACAGGUUCGACGAAGGCGGCGCAGGAGUGGCGGGCGGCGUGGCGGCGGGCGUGCGCGACGUGGCGCUGCUGCGGGUGGCGCGCCUGCCCGCGCUGCACGCCGUGCACGAGCACGACUCGCUGCUGCGCGGCUCCGAGCCCGCGCUGCCCGAGCACGAGCGCGCCGCCGCCUGGAUGCAGUUCCAGCAGGAGCACGCCGGCAAGCAGAUACAAGACCUCAAAGUUACUAAGAAAGGAUCUAAUAAACGCCAGCACGCUACUGAUAAUUUAAAAGCUGCUGCUGUUAAAGAAGAACCAGUAGUGGACAUCAAAGCUGAUCCUGAUUUCAAGCCUUCCGAGUCGAAAGCAAAGAAAAAUAAAAAGAGUAUAAUAAGUUGCCGUAUACCGAUACAAACGGACUCCGAUAAGCCGCAAUCUCCGUCUCCGACGACUAGUCAUAGUGUACCUAAUGUAGAUAAAAGUAAGGAGGAAAUCAUGGUGAAGAAAAUUUCAGAGCUAUUAGUUGAGUAUGACUUUCAAAAUACACAUGGGGUCGAAGCUGUGCCCCUGCUGGUUAAAGGUGUGCGCGAAUUAGUCUCCACUGGGCACACUAAUUCGUUGCCUGAGAACUUAGCAAACAGCGAAUUGAUUGGCCGCAUUGCUAAUGUGCUGCUACAAAAAGAGGAUAUCACACUGCCAAAUGUCACUGAUAUUGUUCAUGAAUCUGUAAACAAUACAUGGACCGGAGACGAUGGCGAGACGCCUCCUAAACCAAAGCCCAGAUCAAAGCCAGGCCCAAAAUCUAAAAAGACAGAAUAUAAAUGCCAAGAAACGUCAUCAACUUCCACAGCUUCGACUUCUGUCGAGAAGAUCAAUGAUGGUAGGAUAAGAAGGAAAGCGGCAGUGGAAGCUAUAAAGUACAUAGAAAAAGUAACAGACGAAAGCAUUGUGAAUUUAGAUGAUUCAGAUAAUAAUGGUAGCUCCACAGAUAUUGUGCCAGAAACAAUAAAGAAAAAAAUCGAUUCAACAAAAGAAUUGAAUAAGAAAUUGAAAAAAGAACAAAAAGCAACAAAGGAGGCUACUUCUAAGGAGAAAAAUAAAUUUGAAAAAGAAGUACAGCCAAAAGGAGUUUCUGAUAUGGACACUAGUAUACUGUUGAGCGAUGACGAUGAGUCAGCAGCAGCGCCGCCACCGCAGCUCUCAUCGCAGCAGCAGGUUGAUACCGAAGCGAUUCCACUCCAUUCGUCGCUGCUUACAAAUAAGAAUUUCAUUAAAAUAGUAGCACACACCUACCUGAGCGGGAAUCCCAUGUUGGAUGACGACGCAGCAACCCUGGCCGCACAGUAUAGCACUUAUAAGGCGUUAAAGGAAAUAGAAUCUACAGGGAAACCUUUAACUAGUGGUCCUAUUUAUGAUAUUGCUUUAAAGGUGUUAGGAAUAGACGUUUUAAAGAAACUGCACAAGACAACUAAGAACUUACAAGGAGCAACAUCGAGCUCCAGCGAAAAAACUGCGGCACGAAAACAGAAAGAAUCUAUAUUGGAAUCAGAGAAAAUAUUAAACAAUACCCCUACACCCAUACCUAAGAGCAAAACCAAGAAGAAAACUGCUACGCUGUCUUCCGCCUCCAAAUCAAUUCCAACCCCAACUGUAACAACUGCAUCCAACGUCGUGCCUGUUGGACUAUCAGCUGCUCCCAACGUUAUUCCUGCCGGGCUGCCGGCUUCAUCUAAAGUAGUGCCUGUUGAACUGUCUUCUGUAUCUAACGUCAUGCCUGUCAGGCUAUCAUCUGCAUCCAACGUCGUGCCUGUCGGGUUGUCAUCAGCUCCAAAUGUUGUCCCUGUGGGCCUGACACCUGCUCCAAAUGUUAUGCCUGUUGGACUAACAUCUGCUCCAAAUGUCAUGCCUGUCGGACUUACACCUGCACCUAAUGUUGUGCCUGUCGGAUUGUUUAAGAGAACUAUACCAACAGAACGUACGCGACAUGAACCUAAUGAAGAAUGCAUAUUGCCGGACGACGACGACGAUGUCAGCAUCGUCAGCGACCCCCCUCCGCCUCCCACCCAGUCUUUUAGUCCGAGAAUUAUGCAUCACCGUGGACAGUCACAGCCGCUCAUAGUAACCACCGUGCGAGCCACAAACAGUUCCUCAAAAAUGCCAAUUAUUCCUCCACAGCCCUCUGCGUCUGAGCCGCACAUUGUUACGGCACAGCUAAAUACACAACCGAUUGCAACCAGAGGCAUAAUAAAUACCACUGUCACUGUUCCUGUUCCGCCGGUAAUUGAUGUCAAUACUUACACGACAGCAUCCAAUGCUGGCCUAGUCACUUCGAAUACCAACACUGAUGCAGAUACGAUCUGCCUGGACAGCGACGAGGAAUUCCCACCAGUUGAGCCUCAGCAAGUAACAGAACCGACACCGUGUGCCUUGAUACGUUUAGCUCCAAAACCGCCACAAACAGGGCCGCUCCCAAAUAUUCCACAAAUGACGACGGCCGUGCCGCUCCCCAAGGGAGUGUUGACCAAAGUCCAUGACCCUGCGUCUAUAAUAUUGACAGCGAGAAACGCAUCGAGUCCAACCAUGUUUAAGACUAUAAUACAAAAACCGCCCGAAGUAGGAGCAACUAGUUCAUCAACUACCAACAAUUCUAGUUCUGUACGAUAUAUCGUACUUCCACCUUCGUCAAUCACUCAAGUUCCUGAUUUUAAAACUCUCCGUCCAAUAUCAUUGGAUGAAAUACUGAUGAAUAAAUCAAAACAGUUCGGUAAGCAAGAUAAUUCACCGUCAGCUGCAAAUUCACCUGUUGUUGAAAAAUCUGUUCAUCUUGAUACGACAUCGGGAGCGGCGCCCAAGGCUGCACCUACUAAGAAUGUGGUUAUUAAAUCAACUUUCCAACGGAACCCUACGACUGAAAAUAUACCUAAAACUUCUACAUCUAACACGACUAAAAAUGAUGCCGGUAAAUCAUUGCAUGUAGAGCACACGGAAAGCGUUCUUUCUUCAAAAUCAAUAGAAUCUCCUAUAUCUAAUACAAGUGUCAACGUUCUCAAUAAAUCGUUGCACGUGAAACACGCAGAAAGCGUGUCUUCAAAAUCAAAUAAGGAUAAAACUUCAUCAGAUAAAAUACAAGUACUUGGUGAGUCAUCGAGUGGUUCGAACAGUUCAUCUUCCUCAAGACCAUCUAGUCCCGAUGACCCACUUUCUAUUUUGAAAGACGUAGUUCACAUUCAAGCGUAUGACACGCCGAAACCGGGCGGUAGUAAUAAUGCUGAAAAAUCUAAUAUAACACCUAAACCGUUUGAGAAAAAAUCUUCUAGCUCUAAUAUUAUACCAAACAAUGUCAAAGCAGUACAGCAGAUUAAUACGAAAUUAAAUCCAACAGGCACUCCUAUAAAAACUUACUCAAAAGUUGUAACUUCAAAAGGUGUAAAUAAUAAAAGAACUAUAAAUGUACAGGAUCUAGUACUAAAAUUUAAAUCUGCAACAUACGAGACGUCAAAUCAGUCUUUGGCAAAUCAGCAAGUAAAUAAAUCGGCUACGAAAUCGGCUACGAGAGCUAUAAUAACGACAAAACAUAAAAGUAGCACAGAGAAAAGUAAACUCUUGAAUGAAACAUUAAAAAGCGUUGGAAGUGUGGCAAAAUCUAAAUCGAUGAAUAAUACUGAUUCUCGCGGUAAACCAACGACGCUGAAUAAAGCAAACGAGCGCGUUUUGGGCAUGGUUGAUUUGACAGAAACCCAUUCCAAUUCAAAACCGAGCGUAGUGUCUAUUGCUACCUCGAAAACAAAAAGUACCCCGAAGUCUACAGUACUUUUGCGAACCAAUACGACUACCACACCUGCUAAAGGAUCGCCAACGCCGAUUUCAUCAAGUUCAAAGACUUGGAGCGACAAUAAAAAGCGGCCGGCGACCUCUGCCACUAGUGCUCCAAAAAAGAUGAAGACUGAUCAACUGAUGACCCUGAAGGAUUUUAAUAUCGACGACAUAGAUGACGUUAUUGAGUUAGAAUAACAAAAAAAAAAGAUAAUUUAACAUACUAGGCAUAGUCGUAGUCCAUAGGACAUACUUCAGUUCUCAUUCUUAUUUUUAAUAGCUUCCAUAGUAUUGAUCGUAUUAUUUUUUUUUAUUUUACUUGUGAGAUAGUAAAUAUGUUCUAUUGGCUUACAAGUUGCAAGAUUAUGCCGAAAUGUCUCGCAUGUCUACAUUGCAACAUUAGUGUAUUUGUGAUAGCAGUAUCACAUCUUUUAUUGUGAUUGUGAGAAUUAUAGAUUUCCACUUAUGGUAAAUAUUAUUUUAUGAAUGUUUAUAAUUUGAAUUAAGAUUUAAAGAUGGUAAAUAAUUAAGCUAAUAGAUCUUACAUGUAUAUGUAACAAUGUAUCUUAUCAUUAAUACAAUAUCGAGUAAUGUGUGGAGUGACUCCUAGUCACUCUGAAUGAGUCAGAGAAUAUAUGGAAACAUUAUCGUGGAAAAAUAAAGUCUCUUCAGUUUUUAA